GGGAAAUUUCAAAAUAAAGCCAACUAACUUGCAAAAAGGAAAACACCCUUACAGUUUCCUCAUGAUUUUCAAUUUUUGAUUCCAUUUACUUACUUCAUUAAGUUUUUAAAACUGUUAGUAAGUAUAUGUUAGGAUUCACUCGCACACGGCGCCAAUGUGAUCAUUAAGAUAGUUCAACGAAUCAGUCAAAUUCACUCGCACACGGCGCCAUCACGCGUCUUCAUCCUUCUUCCUUCCGUCUCCUUUAUAGAUCCGAAUUUCGCCCAAAAGUCCUUUACUGUUGACGCACGCAGCACGCUUAAUUUCUGAUUCUUCCGAAUAUCGCUCUGCAUACGUAGCAUAAAAUUCAUAUACUUUUCUUUCUCAGAAAUGUAUGUGAAUUUUGGUUUUUGGAAGUUGAACUGAACGUCAGACGACUGAUUAUGUGCUGAAUGUAAAUUUAUGAAGAAGUUUGACUUAAGUCGAUAUGAGGAAUCAGUAUUUUCCGCAGGAUACAUGUUUGUUGAAAUUUCUCUCACGGCCUUUGAACAGACUGCAGCUGGAGUUAAUGGCAGAUUCUGAGUCCGAGCACAAUAACAUCCAUAGAGACUUUUAUAUUCCUACUUAUAUACUUGCACCGAAUGCUUCGAGCAACAGUUUACGUUUACCUGAUGUACCAACAUGCCCUGUGCUAGUGUUCGUCAACUCUAAAAGUGGAGGUCAACUUGGAGGAGAACUUCUUCGUACAUUUCGCCAUCUUCUUAACAAAUAUCAGGUUUUUGAUUUGGGAGAUGAAGCUCCUGAUAGUGUUUUACGUAGACUGUAUUUGAAUAUAGAAAGGCUCAAGGGUAAUGGUGAUCACUUUGCCGCCGAAAUUGAAGAGAGAAUGAGAAUUAUUGUUGCAGGUGGAGAUGGAACGGCUGGCUGGCUUCUCGGAGUUGUAUCUGAUCUCAAACUAUCUCAGCCACCUCCAAUUGCAACAGUACCUCUGGGAACUGGAAAUAACCUUCCAUUUGCUUUUGGCUGGGGAAAGAAGAAUCCAGGGACCGACCUUAACUCCGUCAUCUCUUUUUUGAAGCAAGUAAUGAAUGCAAAGGAAAUGAAGAUGGACAGUUGGCACAUUCUUAUGAGGAUGAGGGCACCAAAAGUUGGUUCUUGUGAUCCUGUUGCACCGCUAGAAUUGCCUCAUUCUUUGCAUGCCUUUCACCGGGUUUCUUUAUCUGAUGAACUGAACGUGUUAGGUAUUCAUAUGAAGCCCAGGGUGGGGCAUAUUCGGGAAGGUUUCCAUACAUUUCGUGGAGGUUUCUGGAAUUACUUCAGCAUGGGAAUGGAUGCACAAGUAUCUUAUGCAUUUCACUCAGAGAGGAAAAUGAACCCUGACAAAUUCAAAAACCAACUUGUCAAUCAGAGUUCAUAUUUAAAGCUAGGAUGUACACAAGGAUGGUUUUUUGCUCCUCUCGUUCAUCCUUCUUCAAAGAACAUAGCUCAACUGACUAAGGUUAAGAUAAUGAAAAAGCAGGGUGAAUGGCAAGACCUUCACAUCCCACCCAGUGUCAGGUCAAUUGUAUGCCUCAACUUGCCUAGCUUUUCCGGUGGACUAAAUCCCUGGGGAACACCAAAUAGCAACAAACGUCGAUAUAGGGACUUGACUCCUCCAUUUGUAGACGACGGCCUUCUUGAGGUUGUUGGAUUCAGAGACGCUUGGCACGGAUUGGUCCUCCUUGCUCCAAAAGGACAUGGGACACGUCUAGCCCAGGCGCAUGGAAUCCGGUUUGAGUUUCAGAAAGGUGCAGCUGAUCAUACAUUCAUGAGGAUUGAUGGGGAACCCUGGAAGCAGCCACUACCUGAUAAUGAUGAUACUGUUGUGGUAGAAAUUUCUCAUCUAGGCCAAGUUAAGAUGCUUGCUACCCACGACUGCAGAGCCAAAAGUAUACAUGAUCCCACAAGUCAAUUCAGUCAUGACGCUGAUGAGGUUGAUAGUGAUGAAGAAAAUUCAGUCACUGAAGAACGGAGGAAAUUUGGGGCAGCAGACACUUUCAAAAUUCCAGAUGAGGUUAAGAGACAAAAUAGGUCUCAUGGGAGGAAGCCUAGACUAUGGGCGCUAUUAAGGAAUUUGCUCGCCUUUCGUUUAGAGAGACAUUGAAUUUCAUCCUAAUGGAGUUGAUAUGUUGUAUAUGAGAAGAAUGAUUUGAACUUUUUCUUUGUUCCCUCGUUUCCCUCUUUUGUGAUGGAUGUAACUGUUUGUGAAGAUCAUCAUUUAGCAAUCACACAUCAGUGCAAUUAAGAAAUGCUAGCAUUGGUCGCUGACUUAAAGUGAUAGAGAGACAUAGUAGAACUCCUGAUAUUUCUGGUACAAUUCCAGAGAUAUCAUGGGCAGGUUAAAUGCAUUCAAGAAACUUGCACAGACAAUAACAGAAAGAGUUCCUUUGGCCAUUAAUCCAUGUGUGUUUACUUGUUAUAGGAUGAGUGCCAUCAAUUAUCUUUCUCACAGAUUUCCUGAGGACGGAUACCUUAGACUUCAGAAUUAACACUUCCCCGCAUAACCAUGUUUUAUGGAAUAAAGAUUUCAAUGUUCUUGAAAGUUAAAUUUGUACAGUUACGGACAAUGAACUGUAGUUUUAGUCCAUACAAUGCACAGGUCUGAGUUUUACCUUAUAUCAUAAAACAACCAUGUAAGAUUUUACACACUUUUAUUUUAAGAAUCUAUUGCUUCAUAUCUACUUCUAGUGUGAUCUAGCACUCAUGGAUGUUCAUUUUUUUU